UAGUCCACUAGAAACCUAAAGACCGAAAAAGGCUGUUUAGUCUUGCUUCAUCUCUUCCGAACCUCGUGUCAAAGCUGCGACCAGCCAGGACCACGCCCCAGACCACCAGAGUCAAGACGCCUGCAGGACUGUUCCUGAGACGACCACUGAGAACAACGUUGUCUUUGAUGAGGCCAAGCUUUAAGGAGACAAUGCAGGACAAAACAGGAUGCACAGUGCAGCCUGGGUGGUGAACAGACGCAGGCCAACGCUCGCUACGCAUGACAUUUCCCAGAGGGGAGUGAGGAGAUUGCCCUUGGGCUUUUAGCUCCAGUCACUGGGCGGUCCCCUGGCCUGGAUCCUGUGCUGACCCCUCAUGUGUGGCCAUGUGAGCAGCUGCUUACAGCUCACGACAACUCCCAGCACACCCCCUCCCCUCGUCCGCUUUGCCCUUACUCCCAACAUCACCGUUUUCACUGUCUAACUGUUCGGGCGCCAAGGGACACACACAACUUGCCGUUACCUACUGAAGCUCCGUUCUCUUGCUCUGGGACCAGACGUGCUUGUCUGCCUGCUAGAUUGGCCGUGUUUGAUUCACCACGACACCAGAGCAUGAUGCGGACGCUACUGGAGAGCAGCUGGAUGAGGUUUGGGCCAGCUGGCCGUGCAAGCAUCGAUUGGGUGACUGGGUCACCUUCUCCACCCACAGUGGAAAGACAGUUACAGGGUUACCGCUGGGAUGAGCUGAACCCAGAUCAGAAAGGGAAGUCAGAGCUGAAUCUCUACGUGGUCCUCUCUGUCGCCACCCUCCUCGUAGUGAGCCUCCUGGUGCUCAUGGGCUACAGGAGGUGCACCUCCCGCAAACUGAGCCUGGCCCAAUUAAUCUCCCUGGACCUUCAGGACGCGGAGAGCAGCGCCCAGUUCCUCACCUCGGUGACUGGACGUGGCGAACGCCACACCAGCACGUGUUCGGACACUUCGGAUGGCGUGUUCCUUAUGGUGUACCUGCCGCCGCCCUACGAGGAGACGCUGACCAAGAUCAGCCGCGCCGGCAGUCUGACCAGUGGCAAAGACAUAGAGACUGUGAAGACCGAGGACCUGGAGGCCAGGCUGUGCCCGGAGAUCAAGUCCAGUGGACGUUAUGUGUGACUCAGGAAUACUGGUGAUGCGUCUCAAAUGGCACACUUUAUUCUCUAUAUAGCCCACAUAUGAUUAUAGUCAAAAUAGUGUCCUAUAUAGGAUGUAGGGAAUUAUUUCUGGCUAGGACUAAGAGACUAAAAUCCUUUGAAGGGACAUUAUCGUUCAAGCUCUUAAUAAGGGGUUUUCAGUGGGCCGCUACAUAAAAACAACAGAUCGAGCUACUCUUCUGAUAGUCCCAUCUGUUUACAGUAUGACAAUGUUCGGCCAGCAGACACAUUUUACAGUCGACCAGUCACAUCAGAUCUUAUAUCAAAUAUAUUUCUUAAUCUGAUCUGAUAGAUCAAAAGACCAAUUAAUUUUAAAAAAACUCAGAACUGGGCUGCCUGUCUGAACACUGCCAAUUUUCAUCUUCAAUGCUAUGUUUACACAGGCAGACCAAUUCAGAUUUGUUUUCCCACUAAUUAGGUUUACUGAUUCCAUGAGGACAUUCACUAAUGCUCUUUUUAUAUCUGGCUGUAACAUGGGUACUGAAAUUGUUCACAUUGUAAUCGUUAAAAAAAGUUUGACAGGUUGGUGAAUGUGAUUGCAUUUACACAGGCAACACAAUUCUGACUCAUUUGCACCACUAAUUAGUGUUUUGACAAAAAAAACUAUCCAAAAUGUUAUGUUAAAACAGCCUAGAUUUGUGCAAAUCUAAACAUUAAUCAAUUUGAAGCUUAAUUAUUCCAACCACUAAAAUUACUGACAGUUGGCAUUGUUAAAUAAAUGGCAUUUAUGUGCCUUAAAAUACAUAAAUAAUAGUGUGGGAAAAACAUUUGAGAAUUUGCAUAUGUAAUGAAAGACCUGAUUACAGACAAUGUGAACAGAGAGGCAUUUUAAUACUAUGUGUAUAUGCAACACACAUUGAUCAGAUGGUCAUUGGACCAUAUUGAUCAGAUCACAAAAAACACGUUAGUGCAGGGUGUAAGAAAGAUUUAUGACUAUGUACAACAGCAAUUGGUCACUGUAUGGCAAAAGAAAACCUUCAUAGACACAAUAAUUAUAUAAAUAGAAAAUGUAUUUUGUAGUUAUUCCCAAAAUAAAUUAUCCUGUUUUUACAUCCACACAGAAUGUGCAAUACCAUGUUCCAAACCAUCCUGUUCCACACCUGUGUAGGUUUUAGUUUUCUCACUAAUUAAAGACUUAAGAAUGUCAAAAUGCUAAGUGCAAGAAUGUUAUAGAUGUCUUAAUUAAAACAUAAUAUACAAUAAUAUAUACUGUAUAUUAUUGAUUUACAUGUAACAAGGUACUAAGUCCCAGUCCAGUAAAAUAACUCUCUUUGAUUAUUUUUAUAUCUUACCCUACAUAAAAUGUAUUAUAAUUUACAAUAAUUUGUUUGUGAAAGUUGUAUGUUGUAUUAAAAUAAAAAAGAGCAUGGUUAUUGAGAGUUCUAUCAUCGCUGAGAUUCCAAAGUAUUAUUGCUUGCUGCCCCCCUCUGGUUAAUCUUGGUCAUGCAGAGGUGAUGUCUCCUCAAAGGAGGCCUUAUAAUUUUUGGUCUUGCUGAAUUGCUUGAAGUUAGUUAAAAGGGCUUUCUGUAUUAUUUGAAUCUGAAAACAGAAUUUUUCAGUAAAUACAUGUACUUAAAAUACAUUCCGAUUGAAAACUGCUUUAACUCACAGAUCAUGUAUUUUGCAUUGUUUCUUUUUUUUAUUCAUACGACACAUCAAUUGGAUGGAUAUCUUUACGGAGAUAAAUCUACAAAGCCUAAUUCGGACCCCAAACACAACACCUAUAAGCUUGUCUAUUUAAGUAUAAAUAUAUAUAUACAUUAAGGUUCAAUAGAUUGGGUUCACUUGUCAUUGUUUUCGAAAGGAAAGCUAAUUGUCUAUUACAGUAAAAUCUUAUUGAUAAGAAAUACAGUUGGCAUUGUUAA